GUCUCUAGUGACUCUUCGCAAGUCUCAUCUAUACUAAUCUAUAGUCUAGACCUAUAGAUCUAUAUAGAUCUAGAUCUAGUCACUAGUCUUGAGACGGUAUCUAUAAACUAUAUAAUUAGAUCUAUAAUAUAGAUAAUAGAGAGCUAAUACUGGUGUUUGACAAUGCCACUUUUUCACUGCCAGACUUUGGAAGGUUUUGAUUGUGGUGGUGCUAGCAAUCUUGCUUUCAGAGGAUUUCAUCAUAAACGUAAAAUGGAAAUGGGACUUGAAAAUCAGUUGGAAGAUUUUGAGCUAGAACAAAGAGCAAACUUGCCUAAACGCCCAUGUCUCUGGAGAUCUGCAGGCAUGCCUGAAAACCAUUGUCCUAAUAUGGAAAUGCAACAGCCAAAUGACACUGCAUGUUCAGACAAGAAUCAUCUUCUGCAACCUCAACAAAACAGCCAUUCAUCAUUUCAACAAAUUCAAAAUUGCAACCAAAGUCUAGCAUAUUCUUUAAAAGACUCCAACUUUAAUCCACACAUAUCAAUGCCCUCAUCAGGAGUCUACCCCUGUCGGAACUCACAGCAUGAAACGGAAACAUUCUUAGAGGCAACAGGCAUUGUCAAAGAUAGUUCAAGUUCACUACCCCGAAACAUGGGCAGCAAUAACUUGGCUGAGCAUUUCUUGUCACGGCUAAAGAAAAGAGAAGAGGAGGAAAUAGAAAGGAAUAGUGUGAAUAACAAUAAUAUAUUUUGUAGUUCCAAGAGUUCAGCUAAUGGAAUGGAAGAAGAUGAUGAUGAGAUGUUACCUGAAUUUGAUUUUGAAAGGCAGCAAUGUGCAGAUUCCAAUCAAAAUGGCUAUCAAGUGGAGAGGAGCUUCACAGAAUCUCAGGGAGGCGCUUGUGGUGUUGACAUGGACCCCUCAUCAACAGCUAUGGACUCCGACAUUUCACCAGAAACACCUCAGUACGUUAACAGUAACAUUCCUGUGUCACAACCUCAGACUAUAGAAUAUGGGGACAGGGUUAGGCGCUGUCCUUCUAUGUUAUGCAGUGGCUUAAAACCAAGUCCUGUGUCGGGAAGAUUACACUGUCACUGUUCAGCAUCAUGGAGAGGGAUGUACGGUAUAGACAAUGGUUACAGUACAGACUACUAUUAACAUCCAACAGCAAUAGUUCCUCACAGACCAGACUACUGUUAAUUUAAAACUUUUAAUCACAGAUCUGUUAUGUUACAAAUGUUUUUCUUUAAAGCAAGAAGCCUCAUUAGUACCUCUUUAGUCUACUUUUUAUUUGUAUAUUUAUGCAUAUAGCUAAAAAAAAACAGCUUUCUAGCUUAGAAUAGCUGAAGGACUAGAAUUUAGUUAGCAGCUAUUUGUUGCUUAUCAAUACUCAUGAUAUUAUGUUGUUUCCUGAUUUUCUGACGGACAAAAUGGUGUCUUUGCAUUUUUUGUUCCUAGUUGUGUUCAGUAACUAGAAAGUUUUUGAGGGGUAUGAAAAUCACAAUAAUAACCAACCUGAAUCAAUCAGAAUUUAGUUUGGUUAUGUAUUCAACAACUAAAUUUGUCAAAAUCGAGUUGAAACCUGCCAUUAAUCAAUAUAAGUUAAACAAGGCAUUUUUUAAAAACCAACCCACAGAAAUUAGUUUAACUUUUUUUAAAAAAGAAUAUAAGCUUAUCUCAGUAGGGGUAUUCCACAAAUGUUCAAGCUUGUUUUCUUCCCUAUAUUUAUAUAGAUAUUUUUUUCAUUAUAGUUGCUAGAUACCAGUAUAAUUAUACAUUUUCUAGCAGAUAAAAGUAUUGUACUCAAUUUGUACAGUAGGUAUCUACCUUUGGACUUAAAUUUUUUUUGCUACAAAAGAUGUUUUUUUAAACUCUGAAAAUCAUUAUGGUUGUUGAAGGCCACAGUGUCUCACAAAAUAUACAAUGCAUUGUCUCCUUGAUGUUACUGUAUUGCUCUUGAGUUUAAUUUAAUGUAAUGUAUCUGUAAUGCUCAUGUUAAUUAAGAAAAUGACUUGAUGUUCCUAUGGAAUACUUGUAAGCUGCUAGAUCACUACAAUUCUAUUUGCAACCAUUUCCUUAUUUUUUCCAUCAACUAUUUCUUUAUAUAUUCAUUCAUUCAAAUUGAAGUGUUCAUACUAUAUUUUAUUUUAUUGUAGUCGUCAAAUAAUUUCCCACCAGGAAAUGUAGCUGGGAUUAUUUUGAAAUGCCCAAAUGAGGCUACUAAAUGAUAAAUAUAUACACCUUGCUAUCUUUGGUGGCAGAUGAUAUACAGCUCAUGUGUUUCUAUGGCAGAUGGUUAAUGAGGGUGUUAUGUGGCCAACACAAAGACCGCCUGCCUUUACUUCCCCAACGUAACUAGGGUGGACUAAGUGGUAUCCUAAAAACUCAAAUCAAAUCCCAAUUUACUCUGGGAUUGAAACUCGAAACCCGCUGGUUUAGAAGCCAAGUGCUUUACAACUUGGUCUAUAUCUUGUUCCUUAAAAAAAAUAGGAGUACCUUAGUCUCUCCAUACACAGAGGGUUAAAUGGUAGACGAUUUUAUUUCCACAAGCAGUUUGUCUGUUAAUAAAUAGAUGAAAAAUGAUCUUAUGUCUGUAAUGCUGACUCAGCAAGUGUUUUCUCUUUAUGUCUAUAGUGCUGACUCAGCUUCUUACAAAAUUGAAGUGAAUUAUAAAGCAGUGGAUCCUAGCCAUUUUUUUUUAGUCAUGAUACCUUCACUCCCAAUUGUUUAAAUGAAAGUGAUUUCUGAAGUUUUUAAGUCUUCUAUGAAACCAUGCUAGCAAUAAUAUUUAUUGCUGUGAUGUAUACAAUAGCAAAUAGUCAUUUCAAAAUUGAAGGUUAAUACAUUUGGUUGAUGAUUUUUCUAUUUGAAAGUGAGGCAGAUGUCUGCUUAAGAAGUCUAAAACCUGAAGUGCACAUAGAGCAGCUAUUUAAGAAUUAAAAUAGAGCAGAUGACUCUUGAUAAUCAAACACUUUUUAAUCCAAAACACUCAUCAGUCCCAUGCAGUCUGAUGUAGAUAGACACUGAAAAAAAAGUCAUGUCAGAUUGUUUGUGGAAAGAGAAACAAAAGACUAUUACAGAUUCUUUAAUAUUGCAUAAAUUCAUGUAAUUAAUGUAUACUGUAGUAGGUAUAUUUUUAGGCUUAAAUUUUAAUUUAGUACAGUUAAUGUUUUGUUGUUUUUUUAAGAUCGAAUCAUUUUUCUUUUUCAUCUAUUGUUCAUUUAUACCCUUGAAAUUCUAAGAGAAUAUCUUAUGCAUCAUAAAUAAAUCUAGAAUUAUCUUGACAUAAACAGUUAAAUUCUUUAAAGUACAGCUAACCUUAGGUAAACUGACUCUUUCAGUAUCAGACACUUUCCCAGUCAUAUAACUGUGGUACUAUUAAGAGUCAACAAUAAAGAGCUUGGAAGCCCCCAUGUUAAUGCCAGAAGAUCAUGGUGCUGCUUUAAAAUGAUUCAGUCAGUAUAAGGUAAAUAAAAGCUUAUUUAGAAUCUUUUAACUAAUCCAAAGAUAUUUUUAAUUUUGAGUUUAAAGUUGCUGUUUUUUUCAAUUCAAUUGAAAUUGUUAUAAAACCUUUGUUGUAAAAAAAAAAUGUUUCUCAAUCACUUUUUGUUGGUGUUAAUUUUUUUGUCUCCAUAACAUUUCAAAAAUGUUAAAUUUUUUUUGUUGCAAGUUUUCUUUUUAUUUCUUGUUUGCUUUAUGAUCUCAAAGUUGGUUACACAUUUUUAUAUAUUUUUU